AUGUUCGGUUUACACCUUUCGACGCAGAGCCAUCGGCUGUUCGUUUGUGUGCCACUAUUCACUGCAUUCUUUUGGUUUGCAACCCUACUUGCCAUGCUUCUUACCUGGAUUAUAUCUGGACGUCCCCAAUACGUCUCUCAAGAAGGACAGGUCGCAUACAUCUCAGACAUUGGCGCGUCUUUCCUCAAACCACUAUUCGUCGUUAGCUGUUGCAUUACUGGCAUAGGCUUCAUGCUUUCUCUCAUGUUCGAACGCCUUUUACGGCACAGAGGCAGGCUCCAUCCCUCCAUGCGCAAAAGAGAGCGCGUGUUUGAGAUUCUUGCCAUCCUAGGAUCAUUCAUCGGAAUGUGGGGCCUCAUUUUCCUGUCCGGCUUUGACACAAAACAUUACAGCACCGCCCACCGCUUCUUCCUACUCAUCUUCGCCCUCGGUGUCAUUCUCUCCGUGAUUUUCACCGUGCUGGAGUACAGCUGGUUAGCUCAUAAUCAUCCAGACGUAACAAAGCUUCGGCGCGCAUACUUGGUGAAAGCCGUCAUUGGAAGCAUCCUCAUUGUUUUAGCUAUCGCCUUUGGCAUCACGCUAUAUUACGCUCCAAAUGUCGGAGGAGUCAUCGAGUGGAUCAUUGGAUUCGGGUACACCUUUUACCUGCUCACCUUUGCAUAUGACUUGAGGAUGGCAAAGAUUACGCAGCAGAAGCAGGAAUGUUACUACAAGAAUACCAGUGGCUGCUCUCACAAGGUCCCGAUUAGACUAUGGAAGAACACUGCCUGCUCCAUAUCACGAUAUCUGUACAAGUGA